UAUUAAUCAGGGUCGGAACGCAAUUCGUUGCAGAAAACCCCUCCGGCAGAGCAGCUCCCGUAGCGAGGGCAGGAUGAACGGGACGGAGGGGAUCAAUUUUUACGUGCCUAUGUCCAACAAGACGGGGGUGGUGCGGAGCCCCUUCGAGUACCCGCAGUACUACCUGGCCGAGCCCUGGAAAUACCGCCUCGUGUGCUGCUACAUCUUCUUCCUCAUCUCCACCGGCUUCCCCAUCAACUUCCUCACCCUCCUGGUCACCUUCAAGCACAAGAAGCUCCGGCAGCCCCUCAACUACAUCCUGGUCAACCUGGCGGUGGCUGACCUGUGCAUGGCCUGCUUUGGUUUCACCGUCACCUUCUACACCGCCUGGAACGGCUACUUCGUGUUCGGCCCCACCGGCUGCGCCGUGGAGGGAUUCUUUGCCACGCUGGGAGGCCAGGUCGCCCUGUGGUCCCUGGUUGUCCUGGCCAUCGAGCGCUACAUUGUCAUCUGCAAGCCCAUGGGCAACUUCCGCUUCUCCGCCAGCCACGCCAUCAUGGGCAUCGCUUUCACCUGGGUCAUGGCCGUUUCCUGCGCCGCCCCGCCGCUCUUCGGCUGGUCCAGGUACAUCCCAGAGGGGAUGCAGUGCUCCUGUGGGCCCGACUACUACACCCACAACCCCGACUUCCACAACGAGUCCUACGUGCUCUACAUGUUCAUCAUCCACUUCAUCAUCCCCGUCGUCAUCAUCUUCUUCUCCUACGGGCGCCUCGUUUGCAAAGUCCGCGAGGCAGCUGCCCAGCAGCAGGAAUCAGCCACGACCCAGAAGGCAGAGAAGGAGGUGACGCGGAUGGUGAUCCUCAUGGUGCUGGGCUUCAUGCUGGCCUGGACGCCCUACGCCGUGGUGGCGUUCUGGAUCUUCACCAACAAGGGCGCCGACUUCACGGCCACGCUGAUGGCAGUGCCUGCCUUCUUCUCCAAGAGCUCCUCCCUCUACAACCCCAUCAUCUACGUGCUCAUGAACAAACAGUUCCGUAACUGCAUGAUCACCACGAUCUGCUGCGGCAAGAACCCCUUUGGGGAUGAAGAAACCUCCUCCACCGUAUCCCAGAGCAAGACCGAGGUCUCCUCCGUCUCCUCCAGCCAAGUAUCACCUGCAUAGAGCAUGGACAGUUUGAACUGGG